AUGAGUGCCCAUAUUCAGCAAUGGACGGUUGAGAAGCCUUGGCUCGAAACACACUGUCUGCUGGGCGAAGGACCUUUCUAUGAGGAAUCAACGGGCAAUCUGCGCUUUGUUGAUAUCCGCAAUAAAAGGCUACAUUAUGUGAAGGUAGCUGAAGGCCCUUCGUCUCUUAAAACAGUCCAACUAGACGUAUGCCCUACUGUCACAGCAAACAUUGCUGGGGUUGAUCCCCAGGAACGAAUAGCCAUUGGCGUCAAGUAUGGGCUGGCUGCUCUCGACGUGAAGAAGAAGACAUAUGAACUUAUCCAACCAUUUGAAGAAACCGCCAAUGAGCGUUUGCGAAGUAACGAUGGCGGCGUGGAUCCUCUUGGUCGAUUUUGGCUGGGUACAAUGACGGACUUUGGACUCGGUCCCUUUCAGCCCGAAGGAGCGGUCUAUCUAAUGGACGCCAAGUCACGAGAGGUCAAGCUACCUAACAUGACAAUCCCCAACACACCAGGUUGGUCUCCUGAUGGAAAGACACUGUAUGUUACACACUCAAAUGCCAGAGAGAUUUACGCCUUUGACUUUGAUACCGAGUCUGGGGAAAUUUCUAACAAGCGCGUUUUCUACAACCAUGAUGGUUCAGGCGAGCCCGACGGGUUCCGUGUAGAUGUAGACGGGUUCCUUUGGCAAGCUGUAUACGGAGAGGGUCGUGUCAUUAGAAUCGACCCCAGCACAGCCAAGAUUGUUGGAGAGGUCAAAGUGCCGACCAAGAACACCACUUGCGUGCACUUUGUCGGUACUGAGCUUGUCAUAACAACUGCCGAGGACAACGAGGGCGAGGGAUCGAGCCGCGAGAACGGUGGUCAUGUGUUCAAGGUGGACGUCGGAAUCCGGGGAUUGAGGCUCAACGAUUUCAAGCUAUAG